UGUCGAUCAAUCUGUUCACCGUCGUCACUAGACUCACUGUAGCCUAAGGGUCAUUGGUUCCACCUGUUCCAAUUGCUGGAGAGCAUUAAGCUUCAGACGAUUGGGCUGGUCUAAAAAGUACCGGCUGGGCCCUGUGUGUACCUUUAUCCAACUAUUUCGGGGGUUCCUGGUCGCAUACUUUCCUCGAGUUGUCCUGCCAAACACUUAAGGCUCGCUGAUCCCCCUCCCCGUAACUCGUGACGGAUCUUCUUCACUGGAUCUUGAGAGACAAGUCACCGCCUCGGCAAGGUGACACGAAUCUGUCCCCCUUCGGGAUCCCGCAUCUGAUCAGCGAACUAUCCAAACUUCCUAUCACUUUUUUAUAUUUUUAUAUACUUUAUUUUUUUUUUUUACAUACACAAAGGAAAAUAGGAGCCCGACUCAAGUGUUGGAAAGCCUCAUACUUCCAACCUCUUCUCUUUUAUGAUAUAUUGUGUCGAAGAUGACUAUGACUCUUGAUAAUCAAUCACGACUCGGGGCCCUUAACUUCGAACACAUGUCUUCCUACUCCAACCCUCCGCACUUCACCAACCCGUGGGCUGCCGGCUCCUCUAGCCAACAUGGUAGCCACGGUAUGUACUCGCAAGGGCUCAAUGCCAACUUGGGUGGCCUCGACUCCAUGGCCAAGCAGCACGCUGCAAGGGCGGGCACCAACAAUGCCUCAAUGGCAUCGUAUGGCAGCAUCCCGGUGACAGCAUCUUCAGCAGGUAGCACUCUCAUGGCGGACCUCUAUGGACAACAGGACUUACUCAAUAUGCCGCAAGAUCUCUUAAAUUUAAACCGAAUGCAAACCACGUCGGCCGCAUACGGAGAGUCGGUGUACGCGACAGCGACGGCGGCUUCCCCGGUGAACGCGACGUACUCCGCGUCGCCGAGUUCGUAUGAUAGUGUAUCCGGAUAUGCACCAGCACCUAUGCGCUCCACGUUCGCCCUUGCGCCAGAGGCCGAUAACCGAAGGUAUUCCCAAUCGUCAAUUUCCUCAAUUCCGAUGGUCGAGCCCGGCUCAGGCAGCGCAUCUCGUUCUCACCGGAGCUCAAUUGUUGACAUGGAUAACAGAGGUCUACAAAACGACGACCGAAGGAGUUUCGCAGAUGCUCUAGACGCCGGUCAAGGCAUGCUAGCGAUGAGUCAAGAGACUCCCCGAGCCAUAUAUCCUCCCAGCCAUCGCGGCAGGGGAUCGGCUGACUCUUACGGCUUCCCGUCGACGCAUUCGACGAGUUCAUCUAUUUCCUCAGCAAGCAAUUAUGGUGGUGGUUAUUACGCAGGUUCAGUCGACUCGUCGGUCAGCGACUACUCGACGGCAGGCUCUGAUAUAGAAUCGGUUACUUCCCGAACGCUCCCCCGGCCGAAUUUAAUGACUCAACCUCCUCCUGCCCCUCAAUCUAUGAUGGGCCAAUUUAGCUCGAAAGUAUCAUCCAGCACCCAGAAGAAGCAUAAGUGCAAAGUUUGCGACAAGCGGUUUACCCGACCAAGCUCACUACAAACGCACAUGUAUAGUCACACGGGCGAAAAGCCCUUUUGUUGUGAAGUUGAAGGGUGUGGAAGGCAUUUUUCUGUUGUAUCAAAUCUCCGACGACACCGGAAAGUACACAAAAACGAUGCCAAGUCCGAUGCUGGAUCUGAAGACCACCACGACGAUCAUUCCGAUUAGAUGGAAAAUCUCACCCCCAUGACAAAAAAUAUGUUCGAUUCUGCACAAGAUUACGAUUUAGAAUUCUUCACGACUAUCCUGGUUAUGCGGAUACCUCACGUUGAGUCACGUUUUGUAUUGGUCUCUUGGUUUUUAGAGGGGACUAAUCGCUAG